AUGAAGCUCCCUGCUGGGGCCAACAUUUCCGUUUCCGCGGCGCUGGCCAGUUGGGCGGCCUUUUGGAGCGAGCCCGUUGCGCGCAGAGCCGCGUCCGCCUGCGAGGUCGUUGUGGCUGGCGACUUCAGACCGGGCUGCUCCAGGGCGGAGCACUGGACAGUGGGAGGAAACUUCAGGGGCCAGCUGGGCGACACGUCCUUCGUAUACAGGGACACAUUCGAUCGGGUGCUCGCUGGCGUCCAGGCCAUCGACACUGGCGGCCAGCAUGCCGCGGUGCUGAUGGCAGGUGGAGCCGCGCAGACGGCCAGGUGCAUCUCGAACGGCCAGUUGGGUGUCGAAGACGUGGCCGACGGGCAGGAUUUUACCGACGCCGCACUUGCGGGAGCGCAGGCCGUCGCGGCCAGCGAAGUGCAUUCAGCCGCGCUCAAGAGCGACGGGACGCGGGUUGCCGGGCUGCAUACCAGCGGGCAGCUGGGAUUGGACGAUUCCACCGACGGGCCGAGCUGCCCGUCGGCGUUCGACCCAGCGGUCCACAACGCCCCGCCGUUGAGGAGCGCAGCCGACUGCUGGCUGCACACGACCACAGGCUGGCCGCCGAGCGCCACGGCCUGCACGUUGGCCAGGGGCACGCGGGUGCACGCGGACCUGUCUGCCGUGUCAACAGGGGCCCGGGAUGCGGAGCCAGACUCAGGUUUUUCCACCUCUCCUGCCCCCCUCACUCGGCCUCUUCCUACCCCGUCCCCCUCCUCGCACCUCC